AUGUUUGCGCUUAACAGGAGCCAUGGGACUCCCUCCUCCUUCAUCCUGCUGGGGAUUCCAGGCCUGGAAGCCUUUUACCACUGGAUCUCCAUCCCGCUCCCCUCCAUGUACAUCGUGACACUUCUGGGGAAUAGCACCAUGUUGUACGUGAUCACCACUGAGCAGAGACUCCACAAGCCCAUGUACCUCUUCCUCUGCAUGCUGGCCACCAUAGACCUGGUCCUGUCCACCUCCACCCUGCCCAAGAUGCUUUGCAUCGUCUGGUUCCGAGCUGGAGAAAUCAGUUCCACGGCCUGCCUGGCCCAGAUGUUCUUCAUCCACGCCUUCUCAGUCAUGGAGUCCAGCGUGUUGGUGGCCAUGGCCUUUGACCGUUUUGUGGCCAUCUGCAACCCCCUGAGAUAUGAUUCCAUCCUAACCACCCCCCUGCUGACCAAGAUUGGCAUCGCGGUGGUCCUGAGAGGCACCGUCUUCAUCACCCCAAUCGCCAUCUUAGCGGCACGCCUUUCAUACUGCAAGACAAACAUCAUCGCUCACACCUAUUGUGAGCAUAUGGCGGUGGUGAAACUGGCUUGCUCAAGUAUCCUGGCCAAUGUGGUCUACGGGCUUCUGGUGGCACUGCUGGUGGUUGGGGCUGAUCUGCUGUUUAUCACUUUUUCCUACUGCAUGAUUACUAGGGCAGUCCUGGCCCUGCCCUCACGAGAUGCCCGCUACAAAGCCUUCAGCACCUGUGCAGCUCACGUGGUGGUCAUCCUGGUGUCUUACACACCAGCUCUCUUCACCAUCCUGACACACAGAUUUGGCCAUCAUGUGUUACCUCAUGUGCACAUUCUCCUGGCCAACUUCUACCUCCUCUUUCCUCCCAUGCUGAACCCCAUUGUCUACGGAGUGAAGACCAAGGAGAUCAGAGACCAAGUGAAGCGGGUGCUGCUGGGCGACGCCGGCAAGGAGAAGCUGCCCCGCUAUUACAAGAACAUCGGCCUGGGCUUCAAGACCCCCAAGGAGGCCAUCGAGGGCUCCUACAUCGACAAGAAGUGUCCCUUCACCGGCAACGUCUCCAUCCGGGGCCGCAUCCUCUCGGGGGUGGUCACCAAGAUGAAGAUGCAGCGCACCAUCGUCAUCCGCAGGGAUUACCUGCACUACAUCCGCAAAUACAACCGCUUUGAGAAGCGACACAAGAACAUGUCGGUGCACCUGUCUCCCUGCUUCAGGGAUGUGCAGAUUGGGGAUAUUGUGACGGUAGGAGAGUGUCGCCCCCUCAGCAAAACCGUCCGGUUCAACGUCCUCAAGGUGACCAAGGCUGCUGGCACCAAAAAACAGUUCCAGAAGUUUUAAAGACUAUUUGUACUUUCUUUGUAUCAAUAAAGCUGGGGUGAUUUGAA